AAAAAAAAAGAAAAAGAAAAAAAAACGCAAUUUGGUUGCGACUGGUGUCUUUGCUUUCCAGUUUCCAGGGUCUGAGAUCUUGUCAAUUGCUGACUUUUGUUCAUCUGUUCAAAACUCAUAGGGCAAAGACAUUUACUGACCGUAAGGGGAUACCGCCAUAACGUGUAGCACGUGGGGAAAACGGGAUUGAGCUGGCGACUCCGAGAAGAAGAAAAGAAGGGAGGGAAAAAAAGAAAAAAAGAAAAAAACUGUUUCACGAAGAGAGGCCAGGGGGUAUAAACGUCAAUUUUUCCCCCAUCGGUCACUCAACGAUCAUCAGAAUGACCUCGAAUCACAACCGGGUCGGGUUCGACAACAACCGCCAUCAAUGGAAGCUGUUGCUGCACAGGGGUAUCGGGUUGCGGUGUGGCCCGCGCAAAAGCACUCCUGACGCAAAGAGACCGCGGCGUCCGUCGGCUCCACCACGGUCGCGGCCACGAAAGAAAUCGGCGGCACAUGGGCAUGGAUGCACAGAUAAUGGCCAAGCACGGCUCGAGGCUCGUGAGCAGCGUCGUCUGGACGAGGUUUCCCGUCUCGUUAUGUUGAAAGUCGGUAUUGAGGUUGUUGAGUAUGCGGAAGAUGGCGACGACGAUGCAGCUGUGGGGUUUCGUUGGAUAUCAGUUGCUGUUUCAGAAUGAUGGCCUUGAUUGCUACAACGUACACAAUACCGACGAGGAAGCACGACAUGAGGCCCAGCUUGUCCCUCCGCGGCAAGCGGAGACGCCAUAGUGCUGGCCGAGUAUGAAAUUGUGCAUUAGUAUUUGUGGAAAAGCCCAGGCAACUCAUAAAAGAGGCAGAACAUACGGUACUGCGGAAUAGCAAUGACUAUCAUGUCGG